ACAGGGGCUACAAUAUUGGCGUGCGGCUCGUGGACGAGUUCUUGGCCAAGUCUGGAGUGAGCAACUGCCAGGACUUCAAGGAUACGGCCGAGGUGGUGGCUAAAGUGGCCUUCAAGAUGUUCCUGGGUAUAAAUGUGGAGGUCUCUCAGUGGAAUACUGAGGGUACAGCUUGCAGUCUCCUGAUCUACGACAACCCGCUCACAGAGUUUGUAGAGCUGCCACCGAGCGCCUACGGUGUCCUGUGGUACUCAAACGUGCUGUGUGGUGUGCUGCGAGGUGCGCUGGAGAUGGUGCAGAUGCGCGUGGAGGCGCAGUUUGUUAAGGACGUGCUGCAGGGAGACGAAGUGUCGGAGAUCCGAUUGGAGCUGAAGGGCAUGAUCGAAGAAGCGAUGGGAGACGAGUACAAGGAGGACUAAUUGCAUCAUUGUGUCGGGUAAUAUGAAGAAUCUAUCGGUUACCAAA